AUAUCUCUAAUGAGUUAUAAAAGGACAUUUAGUGUCAGGUAACAUUUGCAUGAGGACGUUACGAAGACUUAUACUGUGAAUAGCAAAUCUUUCAUAAUGGGAAAGUUGGCUGUGAUAUGGAUUCUAACUUUAUUCAUAGUUUAUAUUGAUGCAGGAAAUGGACCAAACGGUAGAAACGGUGAUGGAAACGGGGAUGGUAAUGGAAACGGGGAUGGUAAUGAAAACGGGGAGCGUAAUGGAAAUAAUGGCGAUGAAGGUGGUAUGGCACGUAGUGGUGGUAUAACACCACAACCAAAUGGAGGUGAUGUGACACCACCUCCAACCCGACCUGCAGGAGGUGGUGUGACGUCAAAACCAACUGAAGGUGGUGAACAAACGCAACCAACUCGAGGUGGUCGGCCAUUUAAACGAAAUAGAGGUGGUAAGAAACAUAUGAAAUGGAGACCGGGUAAAAGAUGGGUUCGUGAUCCUGACAGUUGGGAUUUCAGUUCCGAUAUCUCUGAUGGUGUAUGGAGGUCAAAUACAGGUGGUCGGAGUUCUAGUAGCUGGGGAAGUGACAGUGGUUGGGAUAGUGAUAGUCAUGAAUUUCAUCCAACUAUAAAUAACAUGAACAACGUGGCAUCAAGAUUUGGUGACGAUUCUGAUAGCGAUGACAGUGAUUGGUAUAGUGAACGAUGGGAUAGUGACUCGGACGAUAGAUUAACAAUAAGAAAAUCAGCGAUAAAAACUGUAGCACCUAAACGUCCAGUUAGAGUUCACAGCAAUGUACUAGGCAGUGAUUCGGGAUGGUAUAGUGAUGAUUCCAAUGACAGAUCAGAUGAUUGGUAUAGUAGUACUAGUGAAGAACGGGACGGUAAAAUAAUAAACAAGAUUGGAAAUAAAAAACAGAAUAACAUUGAUAAGCCAGUAGUAAGGCCGAGGGGUCAUUUUAGUGAUUCCGACAGUGAGUGGUAUAGCAGUGAAGAAUGGGACGACAAAAGGGUUAACAAGAUUGGAAAUAAUAAAAACAAUAAUAAUAACAAGGCGGGAGAAAAGGCGAGGGCUCAUUUUAGUGAUUCCGACAGUGGUUGGUAUAGCAGUACUAGUGAAGAACGGGACGACAAAAUGAAUAAAAAGAAUGAAAAUAAUAAAAACAAUAAUAAUAUCAAGGCGGAAGUAAAGAAGAGAGCUCAUUUUGAUGGUUCCGACAGUGACUGGUACAGCAACGAUUUACACAGCGAUGAUAGUGACGACAGAAAUGGUUGGGAAAGUAAAAAUGAUAAUAACGGCGACGAUUGGUACAGCGAUGAUAAUGAUUUAUGGGCAAGUGAUAGUUCCGAACGAAAUGUUAAAUGGAAAACUGCAAAUCCCACCAAAGUUCAGGGGAAUGGUAAAGUGGUAAUACCGAAAACUUCUCUUUCCGAGCGAUGGGAAGAUGAUUCAGAUAUGGAUGAUUGGUGGGAUGAUAAUGAAAGAUCAUCAAGCAUUGUAAGACAGUUAAAAUAUCCAGCUUUAAGAAGUCGUACUGCAAAAAGACGACUAUCGUCUAGAGCUUUAGGUUUAGAAAACGAUGACACAGAUGACACAGAUGAAAAAUCCAUACCUGGACUUAAGUUUUUAGGACGGGACGACGACUAGCCAAUUGUUUAGAUUACAAUUCCAUCGACCAUCCUGGUUGUAAUGGUAUAUGCUGCCUUAUUUUGUUUUUCUGAUUACUCCAAAGAGAGAUAAAUUAAAAUUGUUCCUAUCUUGAUUUUACAAAUUGUCUUCAAGAAAAAAGAAUUUAUGCGUGUGAUUUUCAUAUGAGAUUAUAUAUAUAUUUUUUAAAUACCAUGAUAUAUACUUAGUAGAUCAAACGAUAAAAACAUUGUAUAACAUUUUCUUAUAUGAUAAUUGAUUGCAUUUUGAGUUUUUUCUUUCCAGAAAUUAUAACUGAAGUUUGACCGAUGGUGAUUUUUCUUUUUCCACGAGAAGCUAUCAGAUACAAUCAUAAAAACAUGUGGUAAUGAAGGCAAACGUGUUCUGUUAAGCCAGAAAAAAAAAAUAUAAUUUAGUCAAACUUUGAAUGUAACGUUAUUUUCAAACUACAUUGAAAAACUUAAUCUUU